CACAAGGGUAAGUUUGAUUUGUGCCAUUGUAUUUACAUGAUUUAUAUUAAUAUUAAAAAACCCUACCUGGAAACAACAAGACGGUUUGGCCGAGUGGUCUAAGGCGCCAGAUUUAGGCUCUGGUCCGAAAGGGCGUGGGUUCAAAUCCCACAGCCGUCAUUUUUUAGAUAUAUUUUUUCCCAUUGCUUUCCUUUUUGGUCUUCUCUUCCAAGCUCAAGCCAAUCACCACCACACAACCAGUUCAAAGAUUAAAGUCACAUCUCAUGGCUCUUUCCCUUCCUUUAUCAACAAAACCAAACCUUCAUUUCAGUUGCUCCUCUGCUGCGGAUUCUUCAUCUUUCAAAUCUCCCAAGUUUCCCCGUUUUUGGCCAUGGCAAAAGGUAAAGGUGGGACCUUUAAGCGUAUCUCCAAUGGGGUUUGGGACAUGGGCUUGGGGAAACAAGAUUCUUUGGGGGUACGAGGAAUCCAUGGACUCCCAGCUUCAGCAGUCUUUUGAUUUCGCUCUCCGGAAUGGGAUCAACCUCUUUGACACUGCUGAUUCUUAUGGCACCGGGAGGUUGAAUGGCCAAAGUGAAAAGCUUCUUGGCAAGUUCAUCCGUGAAUUUCGAGGAAGAACAAAAGUGCAAGAUGACAUUGUGAUUGCUACAAAGUUUGCAGCAUAUCCAUGGCGCCUCACGCCCGGCCAGUUUGUUAAUGCUUGCAAGUCUUCUUUAGAGAGGAUGCAAAUUGAGCAAAUAGGAAUAGGGCAGUUGCAUUGGUCUACUGCAAACUAUGCACCCCUCCAAGAAAGGGCACUUUGGGAUGGUUUAGUGGCAAUGUAUGAGAAGGGGUUAGUUCGUGCCGUUGGGGUAAGCAAUUAUGGUCCAAAGCAACUACUGAAAGUGCACAAUUACCUUGAAGCCCGUGGAGUUCCUUUAUCGUCCGCUCAGGUGCAAUUCUCAUUGCUGAGCAUGGGAAGUGAUCAAAUGGAGAUAAGGAACAUAUGUGAUUCUUUGGGCAUAAGCUUGAUCGCUUACAGUCCUCUUGCCCUCGGGAUGCUUACCGGGAAGUAUAGCCCUACCAAUCUUCCAAAAGGGCCAAGGGGCUUUUUGUUCAGUCAAGUUUUACCCGGACUGCAACCUUUGAUGAACUCCUUAAGAGACAUAUCCCAAAAACGGCGCAAAACCAUACCUCAGGUAGCCAUAAACUGGUGCAUCUGCAAAGGCGCAAUUCCCAUACCGGGAGUUAAGUCACUGAAACAAGCUGAUGAAAAUGUAGGUGCCCUUGGUUGGCAACUCUCUGAUAAUGAACUACUAGAAUUAGAAUACGGAGCUCUUCAGUCUCCUCAAAAGAUGAUUCAGAACAUCUUUCAAACCUCAUAAUCUUUGCUUGUUUCUUCAUGUACUAAAUGUCAAAAUAAUGUUCAGACAUCUUCAUUAUAUUCGUGCAUUGAAGCUUUCGAAGUCUUUUUUUAUAUACGCAACUUGAAAGCCAUGAGCUUAAGAGUCGUGUACCACCAUGUAUGACAAUUGCUGUGAAUUCAAUCAUCAUCUUUCGACACCAAUAAUUACAACCGCAAUUG